AUGUGUAACUUUGGUAUCCCUUGCCGCCAGGAGGAAGAAUUCAUUGACUGGUGGAGCAAAUUUUAUGCUUCCACAGGAGAGAGGGAAAAGUGUGGCUGCUAUCUAGAGAAGGGCUUUGACACCCUGAAGGUCUAUGAGGCGGAGCUGGAGAACAUGGAGGACUUCGAGCAUCUCUCUGACUUCUGCCGCACCUUCAAGCUGUAUCGCGGCCGGUCGCAGGACUCGAAUGACGACCCCUCUGUCGUGGGGGAGUUCAAGGGUUCGUUCAAAAUUUACCCCCUCCCGGAUGACCCGCGAGUCCCAGUGCCACCUCGGCAGUUCCACCAGCUGCCGGCCAGAGGACCCCAGGAGUGUCUUGUCAGGGUCUACAUCAUCCGGGCCUUCGACCUCCAGCCCAAGGACGCCAAUGGAAAGUGCGAUCCCUAUGUGAAGGUUUCAGUGGGAAAGAAAUCCAUAAAUGACCAAGAAAAUUACCUCCCCUGUACGCUGGAGCCUGUCUUUGGAAAGAUGUUCGAGCUGAGCUGCACUCUGCCCCUGGAGAAGGACUUGAAGAUCACGCUCUACGACUACGACCUCCUGUCGAAGGAUGAGAAGAUUGGGGAGACCGUCAUAGACCUGGAGAACCGGUUCCUGUCGAAAUACGGGGCACGCUGUGGCCUCCCCCAAACCUACUGCAUCUCUGGACCCAACCAGUGGCGAGACCAACUCCGUCCUUCCCAGCUGCUUCACCUCUUCUCCCUGCAGCACAACUACAAGGCUCCCACCUACAAGUCCGACCGGGUCAUCUUCAGGGAGCAAGAAUACAUUCUCUCUGAACUGGAGGAUGGCAAACCCCUCAACCCCCACCUGGGGCCGGUGGAGGAGCGUCUCGCCCUGUACGCGCUGCGGAAGCAAGGGCUGGUGCCAGAGCAUGUGGAGACGAGACCUCUUUACAGCCCUCUCCAGCCAGAAAUCGAGCAGGGAAAGCUACAGAUGUGGGUGGACCUGUUUCCGAAAUCUCUGGGUCAGCCUGGCCCCCCUUUCAACAUCACGCCACGCAAAGCCAAGAGGUUCUUCUUGCGCUGCAUCAUCUGGAACACCAAGGACGUCAUCCUCGAUGACCUCAGCAUCACCGGGGAGAAGAUGAGUGACAUCUACGUCAAAGGCUGGCUCGUUGGCCACGAGGAGAACAAACAAAAGACAGAUGUGCACUACAGGUCUAUGGGAGGAGAGGGCAACUUCAACUGGAGAUUCAUCUUCCCCUUUGACUAUCUCCCUGCUGAGCAAAUGUGUUACAUCGCAAAAAAGGAGCACUUCUGGAGCUUGGACAAGACAGAAAACAAGAUUCCACCGCAGCUUAUCUUCCAGAUCUGGGACAAUGACAAGUUCUCUUUUGAUGACUAUUUGGGCUCCAUUCAGAUGGAUCUCAACAGGAUGCCCAAACCUGCCAAGACCGCUGAGAAGUGCUCCUUAGAGCUAGUGGAUGAGACCUUGUCUUCAAGUCGCUUCGUGUCACUCUUUGAGCAGAAAACUGUCAAGGGAUGGUGGCCUUGUGUUGCUGAGCAGGAUCAAAAGAAGAUUCUGGCGGGCAAAUUGGAAAUGACUUUGGAAAUUGUGGCAGAACAAGAGCAUGAAGAGCGGCCAGCUGGCAUGGGUCGGGACGAGCCAAAUAUGAACCCCAAGCUGGAGGACCCCAAGCGCCCCGAGACCUCCUUCCUGUGGUUCACCUCCCCGUACAAGACCCUGAAGUACAUCCUGUGGCGGCGGUACAAGUGGGUGGUUAUCCUGGCCAUCGUGCUCUUCGUUUUGCUGCUCUUCCUGGGGAUCUUCAUCUACGCCUUCCCGAACUAUGCUGCUAUGAAACUGGUGAAACCUUUCAACUGA